CGAGCCCCACCCCCAAAAGUUAAAUGUUUGUUUGUUUAUCUAAGUUGUCUAAUACCACAAUUUAUGGCCCAAUUGAACAUAGGUUAUGAAGCUCUUGUGAGCUGUCAUGAAAAGCUGGUCUCUGAAAUUGCUCAAGACCCAAAGCAGAUGGCUGUCUCAUUAUUCCAGCAUCGCUUUAUAUUCGAAGAUACGAAAGCUAAAAUCAAUGAGCUAGACCGAACCAAAAGAGAUAAGGCAAUAUUGCUAGUGGACAACAUUGAAAGCAAAGUCAAGUGUUAUCCAGAGUUCUAUGAAAAAUUUCUGUUAAUUCUCGGUAAAAAUGAAUUGCUGUAUUGCGACCUUGUGAAGUCGCUCCGGGAGGAAUAUGAAAAGAUUGAAGCUGAGUCUAAAUACGGAUACGAAAGCUAUCCAUUGAGCCUGCUACAACCAUUACCUGGGUUUGUCAUGGCUGAGGGAACUGGCACAGGCUUUCCUGAGUUACCCUCCAGGGACGAUGAUGAUGGAAAUAAACUAAUCAGAGCAGCUGCAACAAGUCGGCAAGGAGCCCCUACUUGUAUGAUGUACAGUAUAUCUGCUAUUGAUGACCCUGGUAAUGAUAUAGAUGAGGGAGGACCUGACCACAAUACCGAUGCAAGUUAUUCAGACCCUCAUCUGCAUAGCAUUAACAGGGAGUUCAACAUCCAAGUAAACGUGAACAUAAGAAGCCAAACAAAACCUCAACAAAAGCGUGAAAUUACAAAGCCAAAAGAAAAGCUAGCCCAUAAAAACAAAUGUUACAAUUGUUUCUUAAGCUUAUUUGUUGGAUUCUUGUUCUUGUUUGUACUAGGCUUUUUAGGUUCACUAUUGUACGAUGGCUAUUCACUCGUUGGUACUACCAAUGUGGCACAAAUUCACCGGAAAUCUGUGCCACUGAUUGGAAUACUCGACAAUCCAUCAACUUUUGAUAGUCUUAGAUUCUCAGUACCAACCAACCGAACAGACUUUGUCCCCAUUAGCUUCUAUACAUUGAGGAAUUGCUCUUCUUCAGCUGCGUUCAUAGAUGUUGAUAUCAAUGAGAUUGUGACUGCAAGCUUUGACUCUCUGACUGAAAAGAGCAAGGCUGUUACUGAGUUGUAUCUGGCAAGUAAUACUACACUUACUGUAGAUAUCACCACUGAAGUCCUCUCAAACUAUUCAGUCGGUCAUUGUAAUGCAUUUCUCCUCGUUUUUGAUGAUUUUAACAAUUUCUUAAACUUCAUUUCAAGCUCUUCUUUAGUCGAAAAUUUCUAUUACAAAGGAUGUAUUGAGAACAACAAAUCACAAGCUAUGAUCAUGACAUUCGACAAACCAUCAUACUACUAUAUCGGUGUGUACACAGACAUUCCGAUUGAAGCUACUACUUUCUCUUUACACUUUCUCGGAACAUAUCUUCAAUACAACAUUUCAAACGAGAAUGCUGGUUGCUCUAUAGACUCUCGUGACGAUUUAAGUUGUGAAAUAAAAUUAUAUCCGAAUACCAACCAGCAAACCUGUAUUGUUGGUUCUAUACCACCUAGUGCUACAUUACUUGGAAUAAAAGUAACAGCUGUAGACUUUUACGCCGCUGUUAACUCAGACACCAGCAUUAAUUUUUAUUUUUAUCUUCCUCUAAUAUUCCUUACGAUUGUUAUUUGUAUUGUGUUUUUUGUUUACUGCUAUCCAAAGUUUAGGCUUUUGCACUAACUGUUCAUUAUCAUGCACUUUAUGUUAAUUGGUUUAAAUUGGUUCAUAUUGAGAAAAAUA